AUGGAGCAAUUGAAAACGAUUAAAAAAGAGCUUGGAUUGGAAAAAGACGACAAGGAAGCGAUGCUGGCCAAAUUUCGCCAGCGAUUGAACGAUUUUAAAAUCCCGUCGAAUGCGGAAACUCCUGACAUUUUGGACGUGGUAGAGGACGAAAUGAACAAACUGUCGAUGCUGGAAAAGAACUCUGCGGAAUUCAACGUCACACGAAACUAUUUGGAUUGGCUGACGUUGUUGCCAUGGGGGAAAUCGACGACGGAGAACUUUGACAUUGUCGCAGCCAAGAUCAUUUUGGACGCCGACCAUUACGGCCUCACGGACGUCAAGCAGCGCAUUCUCGAGUUUAUUGCCGUGUCCAAACUGCUAGGCAAGGUACAAGGGCGCAUCAUCUGCCUCGUGGGGCCGCCAGGGGUGGGCAAGACCAGCAUCGGCAAAUCCAUUGCUCGGUCGUUGAACCGCGAAUUCUACCGCUUCUCCGUGGGCGGGCUGAGUGACGUGGCCGAAAUCAAAGGCCACCGGCGCACGUAUAUUGGGGCCAUGCCUGGCAAGGUCAUCCAGUGCCUCAAGACCACGCAGAGCUCCAACCCGUUGAUUUUGAUCGACGAAAUCGACAAGCUCGGGUAUUGCAAUGUCCAUUCUUCCUCUGAUUUCUCGCUUCUCUCUAUAUAUAUAUAUAUCUAUAUAUCAAUAGAUUUUACAUAUACGACGUUAUAAAUGCGUUGCCUUGUCCUUGGCUAUGACUUAUAAUUAUAUCUGGCAUAUAUAGCUUGAGUAUAUGAUGCUAUGGCUAUUCCUCUUAUCUCAUAUAUAUAUGUAUAUUUAUUGAUGGAUUUUCACAUGUGACGUUAUGCAUGCUGCCCUACGACACUGAUUUACUAAAGUAUUAUGUGU